UUGAAACAUAUCCAAUCAAAACGAAAGCCCGCUCUUCAUAUUUGCUAACGUUAAAAAAUUCUACUUUAGCUUUCGGUAUGACUUCAAUUGGAACUGGUUAUGAUCUUUCUGUGUCCACCUAUUCACCCGACGGCCGCGUUUUUCAAGUAGAAUAUGCUGCAAAAGCUGUGGACAAUAGUGGAACUGCAAUUGGUUUACGGGUCAAAGACGGCGUUGUCUUGGCUGUUGAAAAACUUGUACAAUCAAAGUUACUAGUCCCAAGAUCAAACCGUCGUAUUCAAACUGUUGAUACUCAUAUUGGCGUGGCUACUGCUGGUUUAUUAGCAGAUGGUCGUCAUAUUAUCAAUAGAGCGAGAGAUGAAGCCGAGAAUUAUCGAAAUAUAUAUAAAGAUCAAAUUUCCGGCAAGACAAUUGCAGACAGGGUAGGCCACUAUGCACAAGCAUACACGUUAUAUUCAAAUGUUCGACCAUUUGGUAGCAGCGCUAUUAUUGGUACUGUUGACAAAGAUGGUCCACAACUUUUUAUGGUUGAACCAUCUGGUGUAUACUGGGGUUAUCACGGAUGCGCGAUUGGUAAGGGAAAACAGGUAGCAAAAACGGAAAUUGAAAAGCUUAAACUUUCAGAGAUGACCGUUCUGGAUGCUGUUAAAGAAGCUGCACGAAUCAUUUAUACAGUUCACGAUGAAGCCAAAGAUAAAGAAUUUGAAUUAGAAUUGAGCUGGAUAACUGAGGAAAAUAGACAUCAAUUUGUACCUGAUGACAUUGCGGCAGAAGCGGAAAGAUUAGCAAAGGAAUCACUUAAUGAGGAAAUGGAAGAUGAUUAA